ACGCCUACUAAAAUAUUGAGUCCUCCCUUUUACAAGCAAUCAGGUUGAGAUGCCUUAUGCCUGUUUGGUUUGUGAAAAUGAGACAGUGAAACUGCUUCGUCACUAUGGAGCUGAGGGGAAUAUAUGUAAUUCAUGCAGAAUAUUCUUUAGGAGGUCCGUGAGCCAGAAUCUGAAGUGGACAUGCAAAUCUGGAUUCCUUAAUUGCAAAAUUUCAAUCAAUGCCAGACUUUACUGCAAAACCUGUAGAUUUUCCAAAUGCAUUGAGGUUGGAAUGAAACCGGAGCAAGUAGACAAAACAAAAAAAGCAAUUGCUGCUUAUUUCGCUGAACAGGAAAAGAAUUCUAAAAAAACUGAAGAAUUGGUGACAUCUACAGUUACUCUCAAUGAUAAUAUAACAGUAGAAAAAGUUUUUGAGGUUGAAUUGAUCCCGGAAAGUCAAGAUGAUACCCAUCCGCUGUUCUUUGACCCCAAAACAAGUAAAAAAUUUGGUUCUGAUGAAGCAAGCAUGUUUCAGAAGGAUCCCAAAAUGUUCCAAAUAACCAGAAACGACCAACUCAACCCAGAAGAUAUCCAUUUCUUCAGUGGCCUUGUGACCAGCUGGAGAAAGCUUCUGCUCAAAACUUACUUAGAUGGAAUGUCUCACAACACUGUGCAUGAAGAACUUGAACGGUAUCAUAAUCAAUCUCUUGAUGCUCGAACACUGACAUUUGAUACAGCCUUAGAUUGUACUUUGGUUGAUAUAUCAGUUGACAAUAUUUUCAAUGCUUGUUUAACAGAUCUCCCAGGUCUCAAUCCCACUAUGCAAGCAAAGUUACGUACAUUGCACCAAUGCUUUGGUGUAUUCUUUUCUUCUGCUAAUGAAGGAUUAACAUGUCGACAAUUUUUAGCAAUUUAUGGAUAUAAUGUGGAGUCCUAUCCGUUCAGUGCAGUUGUUCCAGUUUACAUGCAAGAUGCCAAAAUGGUUGACUAUUUAAAAAGUGACAUGUUUAAGUCCCCAUGGGCUGAAAGUCUUGAAGUGGAAGAGUUCUUUAUGAAGAUCUGCAACACAUUAAAAAGCUUUCUGUCUGAUCCUGUUCUGAAUCUUUGCUUUUUUAACCUGCUAUUAUGUAACUUAGUUGAUAAAUUGGGCAGCUCCCACAAUUUUCUUCCAGGAAAGCUGAAGAUGAUCUUGUAUAAAGAAAUGUUGAGAAAGAGCCAAGACUCCAAUCUUGCCAAUCAUAGAUUCACCCAGCUUAUCUCAACAAUACAUGAUGUAGAAGAGUGUGUAAGGAUUCUAGAGAGAGCUACCCUCAUCAAGGAAACAAGAAUCGAUUUACAGGAUAUUGAUGUUGCAACUUUGGAAAACUUCUCAUAGAGUGAUGGAUGUCAGUUUGUUGUUGAUAUGAAGAUUUAGUGAACAUUAUGAAUAUGCAUUCAGGGGUUAUAUUACCUCAAAGUACAAAAAACAUAAUAGUCUAGCCUUCAUAAAUGACAAACAAAAAGCUGAUAAGGAAAAUUUCCUUUUUGAAAGAACAAUUAUUCUUGAUCGUUUUUAAAACAACCUAAUUUGGAUAUAACAGUGUAAACAUUAAAGGAUGCCACUCAUUAAAUUUUGAUAUUAUUUUAGAUAAAAUAUUUAAGAAAAACUCUUUAUUGC